GAUCAUAAGCUCAACAUCUUGGUGUAUGUAUUCUUCCUCGAGUUUCACAACAUUCAGUACGGUUUCCCGAACGAAAAAAGAACUAACGGAAUUAGUAAAUUGACAUGAAAUAUUUGUGAACUUGAGAAGUGGAUUCGUAUGACUUAGAUACGGUUUGCAUUCUUUGUUUGCUGUUCAGAUUAGAGAAUUAUUUUUUGUUGUGAUGAGAGCGUGUGUUCGAAUAAAAAAGUGGCGCCCAUGGGAGUUAAUUUCUCCGUGGUUGAAAAUGGCUUCCCUUACCUACCUUCUCUCCCUCUUCAUUGCUCCAAUCCCCACACUUCUGUUCAAAUUACAUUUGUAGGAAACUACACAGACAGUGUUGGUUAGACAACUUUAUACUUUUUGCAGUAUAGACCAGUAAGACCAUUUUCCUGCAACAAUAUCUGGAAAGCUAACAUUUGCUAACUAACGUUAGCUCACACCACAGUUUUCGUUGCCAACGCGUUAGCAAGCUUGCUAACUAGAAGGAGCAAGUCUCACUCGUGGAUGAGUUCAGAAUGGAAGUCAUCUAGUGUGUGACCAGAGCAUAAAUAAAGUUGGUAACAUCAAGACCCGGAAUAUUGUUUAAUACAAUCUGUCGCCUGUGAUCUCAUUGGAAUCUACCGCGGAUGAGUACUUUACUCUGGACUAACAAAAAAAAAAGUAUCGGACGCAACGUUUGUGUAACGUUAGCGUAAACCACAACUGCUCUUGAAAACCUGCCGGACAUAGCUGCAGCUAGGAACCUAUCUGGGACAUCGAGAUCAGAGAUUGCGGCGCUCUAAGACCUGUUCGGAUUGUAACGUUACCAUGUAAAGGAUUUACGUCUGGGACAUUAUACUUAUUAAUGAGUUGUUGGCUAAAUGCUUAGCUAGCUAGCCACCCACUGAGCACUUACCUGCUCAUCAUACAUAUUUUAGCUGGCUCGGUAGCAAGCUGUAGCUACACAAAUGAAAGUCGUAACGUUACAAGAAAUUUGUUUCAGGAGGAUUGCUCUGAUGUACGAAAACAUUUGGAUCGCACUCUGAGAGGUCUCUCUUUGAGGGAGAUCACAAGCGGAGGAAGGGAUGGAUGAGCAGAAAUCAAACUGCGAGGAGAAUGACUCUGAAACGGCAGCUGAUGACGGCGCCUCCUCGACGCAGCCGGACCCGCCCCAUGCUGCGGAGGCACUCCCGGUGACCACGCCCGUGCACACGCCCAGCGUGCCCGCGGAGAGCGGUCGGGUUUGUGCACUCUGCAACUGUGCCGAGCCCAGCCUGCAUGGCCAGCGGGAGCUCCGGCGAUUUGGCCCGUCCCCCAGCCGCCCCGCCCUGGACCCCCCCUCCGCCCCGCCCCCGCCCCCCGGGAGCGACGACCUGUCCUCCAUCGGCUUCCCCGACUCCACCUCCGCUGCCUCGCUCUUCGACGACACAGGGCACUGUUGGGUCCACCACUGGUGUGCUGUCUGGUCCGAGGGCGUUGAACAUGGCGACGACCAGGAGCCGCAAGGCGUGGAUAACGCCGUCAUCUCAGGGAUACAACAGCGGUGCGAAUACUGUAAAAGGCUGGGAGCAACCAUUCGGUGCCAGGCAGAGGGGUGCUCACGGACCUACCACUUCCCCUGUUCGGCUGCCAGUGGUUCCUUCCAGUCCAUGAAGCAGCUGGCCCUCCUGUGUCCGGAGCACAUAGAGAAGGCCGUGGAGCUCGCGAACGAGGAGGCGCGGUGUUCCGUGUGCGAUUCGGCGGGCGAGCUGGCGGACCUGGUGUUCUGCACGGGGUGCGGGCAGCACUACCACGCGGCGUGUCUGGAGAUCAGCGCCACGCCCCUGCAGAGGUCCGGCUGGCAGUGCCCUGAGUGCAAGGUCUGCUUGACCUGCAGGCAGCCUGGCGAGGACUCCAUGAUGCUGGUGUGUGACGCCUGUGAUAAGGGAUACCACACCUUCUGCCUGCAGCCUGCCAUGCACUCCCUGCCCUCUGAGCCCUGGAAGUGCAGGAGGUGUCGCGUGUGCAGCGAGUGCGGGGCGUGUGGCUCCGCCCUCCAGGACUCUGCUCAUUGGUUUGAGAACUACACUGUCUGCGAGAGCUGCCAACAGCAGCGCGCCUCCAUCUGCGCAGUCUGCAGCAAGGGCCCCGCCCCCGAGGCCUCCCUGUGCCCCUGCCACACCUGCCACAGGCUGGUUCACAGUGAAUGUGCCUCUCUGCUGGACUCCGAAGAGGGCAAGUACACCUGCUCCCUCUGCCAAACACCACCACAGGCAGAGGGCGCCGUGGAGCCUGGCGAGACCGUGACGCAGAUGGAGCAAGAGGAAGAAGUUGAGCCCGAGAGGGAAACACCCAUGGAGUUGGAUGGGGAGGCGGAGGCAGUGGACAUGGUGAAGGUGCAGGACAACACCGUAGAAGAGGUCCCGCCCCCACACACCACUGAAGCUCCGCCCUCACACAACACAGAGGCUCCGCCCCCAGAGUCAACUGACACCACGCCUCUGGAGACGAUGGAUGCCCCACCUCCGGAGAUGGUGGAAGCCGUCCCGCCGGAGACGAUAGAGGCCCCGCCUCUGGAGACGAUAGAGGCCCCGCCUCUGGAGACGAUAGAGGCCCCGCCUCUGGAGACGAUAGAGGCCCCGCCUCCAGAGACAAUAGAGGCCCCGCCUCCGGAGACGACGGACACCUUGACUCUGGAGACGAUUGAUGCUCCGGCCCAGGAGACGACGGACGCCCCGCCCCAGGAGAUGAUGGACGUCUUGUCUCUGGAGACGACCGACGCUCCGCCCCCAGACACGAUUGACACGACGCCCCCGGGGACGACGCCCGCCCCGCCCGCAGAGAUGACGGACGCCCUGCCCUUAGAGACCAAAGAGGCUCCACCCCAGGAGUUGACGGACAUCACACCUCCGGAAACGACUGACCUUCCCCAAGAACCGCCCCCCUCAGAAGUAGGCGGAGCCUCAGGACCCAGCCAAUCGGAAACCUGCCCGGCCCCUGCUGUUGGUGAUGAGGGAGAGGCUGUGGGUGGGACCGAUCUGCAGACCCAGCACAGCCCCUCCCCUGAAGUGAAGGAAGAGCCCCAGACUGACGUACAGGAAAUGGAAACGGAGGGAGCAGCCGCACGGGGAGGGGCCAGCAGCCCCACGCCAGAGGAGAGGGAGGAGUCUAGCAGCGAUACUCCGACUCCGCCUCCAUGCAGCCCCUUAACCCCGCCCACCAUUCCCCUGGAACAGGAGCAUGUUUCCAUGGAGGGGGAGGUGUCGGAACCUCAGGAGCCAACGGAGGCGGAGCCGAGGACUAGCCCUGCCCCUUCGGCGCCGGCUCUGCCCGCCGUCGACAUGGAGACGGGAACCGGCCAAUCCGAAGAGGAGGAGUAUGAGGAGGAAGAGGAGGAGCCUGCAGCGGAGGCGGCCGGUGGAGACGGCGCACUGGCCGUGCGCGUGAAGGUGGAGCCUGGGACCCAGGAGGAGGAGGAGGAGGAGGAGGAGGGGCCUAAAGCGGAGCUCCUCCUGGACGACGCCUCCAACAUGAGCCACGGCGACGGCGACGGCGACGGCAGCAGCAGCGGCUUCCUGGGCUCUCCCGCCGAGCCCGACGGCCAGUCCGUCUCCAUGGAGCUCAGCCUGGUCCCCGCCGGGCGGUCCCGGUCCGACUCGCUGCUCACCGAGACCGACGACUCGCUGCCCUUUGACCCCCUGAAGCCCGACGGGGACAAGGUCAAGCGCAGGGGCUCCCCCGGCCGCUCGCGCAUGAAACAGGGACGGAGCAGCGGUUUCCCAGGGAAACGGCGGCCCCGCGGGGGUGGCAGCGGGAGGGGGCGUGGCCGAUCGCGCCUCAAAGCCAUGGCGUCCUGCAUCGAUGCGUUUUUGCUCAGCAUGACGGCGGACACCGGACUGACCAAAGAGGAGGAAGAGGAGGAGGACGACACCAUGCAGAACACCGUGGUGCUCUUCUCCAACACCGAUAAAUUCGUCCUGCUGCAGGACAUGUGCGUGGUGUGCGGCAGUUUUGGGCAGGGUGUGGAGGGGCAGCUGCUGGCCUGCGCGCAGUGUGCUCAGUGCUACCACCCGUACUGUGUCAACAGCAAGAUCACUAAGAUGAUGCUGCGGAAGGGCUGGCGGUGUUUGGAGUGCAUCGUGUGCGAGGUGUGCGGCAAGGCCUCGGACCCCGCCCGCCUGCUGCUCUGCGACGACUGCGACGUCAGCUACCACACCUACUGCCUGGACCCGCCCCUCCACACCGUGCCCAAGGGCGGCUGGAAGUGCAAGUGGUGUGUGUGCUGCAUGCAGUGUGGCUCCAGCUCGCCUGGUUUCCACUGUGAGUGGCAGAAUAACUACACGCACUGCGGGCCCUGUGCCAGCCUGGUCACCUGUCCCGUCUGCCGCCAGAGCUUCAUGGAGGAGGAGCUGCUGCUGCAGUGCCAGCACUGCGACCGGUGGGUGCACGCGGUCUGCGAGAGCCUGUACACGGAGGACGAGGUGGAGGAGGCGUCUGACGAGGGCUUCGCCUGCUCCGCCUGCACACCCUACGUCCCCAAACGCAUCGUGGAGCCCCCUGUUUCUGCGGUGGUGAAAGUGAAGGAACCAGAGCCGCAGUUUUACCGGCUGGAGGGGGUGUGGCUGACGGAGACGGGCAUGUCUCUCCUGCGCAGCAUCUCCAUCUCGCCGCUGCAGAAGCGCCGCCCCCGCCGCUCCCGCCUCGGCACCAUCGACGGCCUGGAGCUGAAGGAGGGCGAGCUGGAGGGGGAGGAGGGCAAAGUAGAAUCUAUGGAGUGUGAGACCAAACUGGAGGCCCCCGGGAGCCCUGAGAGGGACGCGGGGCCCGACGGGGCCGCGGAGGGGGGCGUCGACGGCGACGGGAUGAAAGCGGGGGCGGAGGAGACGGAGGACGGGAAGAAGAGGAAGAGGAAGCCGUACAGGCCAGGGAUUGGUGGAUUCAUGGUGCGACAGAGGAAAUGCCACACCCGGACGAAAAAGGGGCGGAGCCUUUCAGUGUCUGCAGAGGGCGUGGCUGAGGGGCCUGUUCCAGAGAAGACCGAGGAAGGCACGACCCCGGACACCCCUCUGGAAGGCCCCCCGGAGCUGAAGGCCCCCGAGGCGGAGGGGGAGCAGGCCAAGAAGCGGCGCGGCCGGAAGAAGAGCAAGCUGGAGGACAUGUUUCCGGCCUACCUGCAGGAGGCUUUUUUUGGGAAGACCCUUUUGGACCUCAGCAAAAAGGCGCUCCUGGCGCCCCCGGUCCAGCGCCACGCCCAGGGUGUCCCGCGACCCCAGCACCCGCCGGUGCCCCCCGCGCAGGGCCCGGGACCUCGCCCCACCGCACCGGAACCGGGUCCCACUGCUGAGGCCAAGGAGGGAGAGCCGGUGGGCGGCCUGCAGCUGAAGCAGGAGGGUAGCGAAUCGGGCAUUCGAUCGGACCCUGUCGGGGCAGUGACAGACGAUGCGGGAGCAGCGAGUCAGCCGGCUGGCUCCAGCGAACAGGCUCCCUCUGCCUCACAGGGCCCAAACGCGCACCAGCCUGAAGGGCUUCCUCAGGGUGUGGAGAGCCAGGACUCGGCGGAGUUCUUCCGGAAGGUUCUGGGAGUGGCGGAGGGCGCGUCUCUGGGCGGGACCCUGCAGUCCAGCAUGAAGCCGCUCCUGGAGCCGGGGAAGGGGGAGCAGAGCCGCGGUGGCCUGCCCCAGAGGAGCUUCCUCCCAGGUGGCUCCCUCUCAGCGGGUGUGAUGGACUCCUUCCCUGGCCUGUCCCAGUCUCCUUUCUUUGACAUGCGCGAGCGGGCGGGGCUGUUCAGCCCAGACCAGAGUGAGGACAGCCCGUGGGCGACGCCCUCCACCCCGGCCACGCCCUCCACCCCCCCCACGCCCACGGAGCCCGAGGGCGACGGCCUGUCCUACAACCAGCGCAGCCUGCAGCGGUGGGAGAAGGACGAGGAGCUGGGGGAGCUGUCCACCAUCUCUCCCGUCCUCUACGCCAACAUCAACUUCCCCAGCCUCAGGCAGGACUACCCAGACUGGUCCAGCCGUUGCAAACAGAUCAUGAAGAUCUGGAGGAAGGUCUCUGCAUCCGACAAGGUUCCCUUUCUGCAAAAGGCCAAAGACAACAGAGCUGCUCAGCGUAUCACCAAGGCACAGAAGCAGGCGGAGAGCCAGAUGUGUCGCCCCAUUAAGACGGAAGGGUCGCCCCGUGCGAAGGGGGAGCGUCCCAGCCUGCACCUCCAGAUCCCUCCUCCCUCCUGCGCCUCCCUCUCCACCCCGUCCCAACCCAGCUCUGCCGAGAGCCCCUUCCCGCUGCCCCCCGACUCCGCCUCCUCGUCCUCGGCCGCCGCCUUCUUCCCCGACGGGCCCCUCCGGACCCCGGGCUCGGCGGACGCGCGGCAGGACCCCUUCUCCAGGCUGCCCCCGCAGUCCCCGCACCCCUGUCCCGGGCCCUCCUCCAGCCCCCUGCAGGCGUCCAGCUCGGGCUGCCCCCCCUCCGGGCACCCGGGGGCCCCUCAGGGCCGCUCGCCCAGCAUGGGCUCCAUGGACCUGCAGCCAGGGGCCCCUGGGACGCCCCGUCGGGACCCCUUCAUCAGGCCACAGCAGCACCUCCAGGAGCCCCCGGGUCCCCCUUUUGAGGCCCGCGGAGGGGGGCUGGUGGAGUCCCCUCUGCUCCCCCCGCCCCACGGCUCUCAUUUCGGCGACCUCGCCCGCGCCCAGCAGCCCAUGGGCUCCGCCCCCUCGCCCUCCGCGGCCUCGUCCUCCCCGCUGGGUGCGGGGCAGCACCGGGGGGAUUUCGCGGGCCUGCCCUCGCCCCGCUCCUCAGCGGGCCGGCAGGACCCGGGCUCGGGGUCCCCCGCGGGCGGGCUGGAUUUGGGGGACGGGCUGUUCAAGGCGCCCAUGACGCCCCGCGUCCACCAGGGCGACUCCGGGAACGGGACGGGGUACCACCACCCCGGCGCCUCCCCCAACCACCCCUCGGACAGCUACAGGCAGUCCCCCUCCGCCCCCUUCUCGGACCCGUACGCCCAGCCCCCUCUGACCCCCCGCCCCCUGUCCCGGGACGGCUGCUCCCCCCUCCCCCAGCAGCGGCCCCCCCAGCAGGACCCCUACUCGCGCGUCCCCUCCAGCCCUCAGUCCCAGGGCAGCUGCCAGUCGCCCCUCACGCCCGGCGGCCUCUCCAACGACGGCUACUCCGUGCAGUCGCCGGCCACGCCCCGUUUCCAGUCCCCGGACCCCUACUCCCGCCCGCCGUCCCGCCCCCAAUCCCGGGACCCCUUCGCCACCCUGCACAAGCCCCCCCGCCCGGCCUCUGCCGCCCCCGAUGGCAGCCCCACCUUCAGGGGCCCCGGUCCCCUGGGCCAGCCGGCCCCUGCGUCCGGCCCCUCCCCGGCCCUGGGGGACCCCCUCUCGGGGAAGCCUCCGGGAUCCCCCGCGUUCAGCCGCAGCCCCGGGGCGGGCGUCGGUAUGUUCCCCAUGGCACAGUCCCCGCAGCAUCCCCAAACCCAGACCCAGCCCGCCCCGCAGGCUCCGCCCCUGGGCCUGAACAUCGAUGGCUUCCCCACUCGCGUCCAGCUGCCCCAGGGUCCCCAGGGGUCCGAUCCCCUGAGGCCACAGGAGGCGCCCCACACUCCCAUGGUGCCCGGCGCGCAAGAGCUCCCCGAACUCCCGGCGGCCCAGGACCCAACACUCAUGGGCCUCAGCCAAUCAGAGCUGGAGAAGCACAAACAAAGACUGAGAUUGAGGGAACUGCUAAUCCGGCAACAAAUGCAGAGGAACUCGCUACGGCAGGAGAAAGAGGCUGCUGCUGCAAACAGUGCUGCCACCAACUGGCCUGGAGGAGACAUGGCACCUUACCAACCAGAUAAAAGCCAGCGUGCACCCCCUCCUUAUCCACAGGACAGGGGGGCUGCUGCUGCUGGGGGUGCCGCCGCCUUGGCAGGCAAGCUGGUUCCCCCCAUGGGCAUGGGGGACGACAAGAUGGCCCGCCCACCCCCGCCAGGGACGCCCGGCAUGAUCGACCCCAGUAUGCUCAGGCAUGUGGCCCCCAGUGCGCCCCAGGGGAUGCCCCAGCGCCCCCCGUUCCCGGUGCAGUGGGCUGGUCAGGCCGCUGGCCUCCGCCGAUUCCCCCAGCCCGGCGCCAUGGACACGGGGGCCCCCAGGCAGCACCUGGGUGGCCCCCCCAUGCCCAACCCGCUCAGCAUCCAGGGGAUGGCCGGGAUGCCCAACCCUCGCGCGGGGGGGCUCGGAGAGGCCGUACCCCCGCCCCAGUUCAUCGAGCUGCGGCACAACGCCCAGAGGAUGCCCCUGGGGCCCCAGUUCCUGCCGCGCGGCCCCCACCCCCCUCGGACACGCCUCUACAUGCCACAGCAGGACAUGAGCGUCGCGUUCUCCCAGCACCCCUUGCCCCCUCCACCGGCCCCACCCCUCCCCCCCACCCUGGCUUCUCAGGGAGAGGGGAUGCGGGACCCCAGAAUGAGGGUGCCGCAGGGGCCCCUAGGGCUACUGCCCCAACAGCCCCAGCUGGGCGUCGCCCCUUCACCCCAACACCAGCUGCACCCCCAGGCGUCCGCCCCACAGCCCAGCGGCCCCGGUGCUCUCCCACACCCCGGCUCCCAGCACCAGCUCCCGCAGGCGGGCUCGGAGACGCAGCCCCCCGCCAUGGACGCCCUGGCCCCCCGACCCUGCCGCCUCGACCUGCCCGAGCCCGACCUGGAGGACCCCUUCGUCCCCAAAGGGCUGGGCGCGGCGGGCGGGGACGUGGGGGAGGAGGAGGAGGACGACCUGGCCACCCUGGACCUGGACCCUGACAAGGGGGACGACGACCUGGGGAACCUGGACAGCCUGGAGACCACGGACAAGCACCUGGUGGACCUGCUGGAGUGCGAGGAGUUCGACCUGCUGGCGUACGCCGACCCCGAGCUGGACCAAGGGGAGCCCAAGGACGCCUUCCCCGACCAGCUGCGGCUGGUGGAGGCCGAGAGCGAGGCGCCUGGCCCCGCCCCCUCCUCCGCCGCCGCCCCUGGCGUUCCUGACAUCAAGGUUGAGGACAAAUCCAAUCCAAGCGCUGGUCCCCCCCAGCAGGGCUCCGAGCUGCCCGCUGUGAAGCUUGAGGCCGAAACCCCGGCCUCCCACCUCCAGGGGGCGCUAGAGUCUAGGCCCCAGCAAACCGUGGUGAAGGACGAGAUGGGCGAGGCCGUCUCCAUGCUGACCGCUGGCCUCCCCACCCAGCAGACCAAUCCCUCUGCCUCUCUGAGCUCGGUCCGUUUAGGGGGGCUCUCCUACUCCCUCCCCGGGCAGGCCGACCCCCUGUCUUUUCCCCUGGCCGCCUCGCACUCUGACCUAGACGAGGACCCCCUGGGGCUGCCGGACGGCGGGGGCCAGCACUCCCCCGCGGUGGACCUGGACAAGGUGGAGAGCUCUCUGGAGGCCAGCGAGCUUCCGCUGCUCAUCCAGGAUCUUCUGGAGCACGAGAAGAAGGAGCUGCAGAAACAGCAGCAGCAGCAGCAGCUGAGUUCUCUCCACCAGGGGGCGAUGAACGCACACCACCACGGCCUCCCUCCCCAGCCCCAGCCCCAAACUCAGGGCGCCAACCCCAUGUUGCUUCCCCAGCACCACCGCCCGCCUCCCCAGGGCAUCAUGGGACAGCCCGGGAUGAUGCCCAGGCCACCGCCCAUGAUGAACCCUCAGCAGCAACAGCAGCAAAAGCUUAUGGGAGCUGGCAUGACCCCUCCCCCUAUGAUGGGCAUGGGUCCGCAGCAGGGGAUGAUACGGGCGGGGCAGCCAGUCCUGAACCCUCAGCAGCAGCAGCAAGCAGUGAAACCACAGCCGCUGCCAAACAACUUCUGCCCAGACAAAGAGGUGGACAAGUUUGAAGCAGAUGACAUCAUGGACCCCAUCGCCAAGGCGAAGAUGCAGGCGCUGAAGGGCAUCAAGCGGGUGAUGGCGCAGGGCCCCAUCGGCGUGCCGCCCAGCAUGAACAGGCAGCAGGUGUCCCUCCUGGCUCAGAGGCUUGCCCCAGGCCCAGGGACCAGCGACCCUCAGGCCAGGGUCCUCACAGCUCCUGGCAAGGAGGGGGAGAACAGCGACCCGACGCAGAACAGACCCAACCCGCCCCAGUUUGUGCAGGGCAUCAUCAACGACGCGGAGCAGAAGCAGUACGAGGAGUGGCUCCUGCACACGCAGCAGCUGCUGCAGAUGCAGCUCAAGUUCCUGGAGGAGCAGAUCGGCGUGCACCGCAAGUCGCGCAAGGCGCUGUGCGCCAAGCAGCGCACCGCCAAGAAGGCCGGCCGCGAGUUCGCCGAGGCCGACGUGGAGAAGCUCAAGCUGGUCACCGAGCAGCAGAGCAAGAUCCAGAAGCAGCUGGACCAGGUACGCAAACAGCAGAAGGAGCACACCAACCUGAUGGCGGAGUAUCGCAGCAAACAGCAGCAGCACCAGCAGGGCUCUGGGAUCCUGGCCCCCAGCCCCUCGGCCCAGGGGCCCCGCCUGCUCUCCAAGCUCCCCGGGCAGAUGAUGAUGGGCCAGCAGGGGGCGCCCAUGAUGGGGCAGCAGUGCAUGCCGCAGGGGGCGAUGCCGGUCAGAAUGCCCCAGGGCCAGCCUUUCAUGGGCGGGGCCCAGCCGGGGCACCCCGGGGCGGUGGGAGGCGUGGCCCCGGGGCCCUCUGGCGGGUACUUUCCCCCGGGCGCGGGGCCCCAGGGGCCGGAUGCCAGACUCCUGCAGGAACGGCAGAUGCAGCUGCAGCACAGGAUGCAGAUGGUCCAGAAGAUGCAGCAGCAAGGCAUGAUGGGUAACCAGCAACCCAUGCCGCACCAGGCGCCGCAGCCAGGUAUGAUGGGACAGCAGACUGGUGCCAUGGUCGGGCAGCCGCCACAGGGCAUGAUGGGUAACCCACUCUUAGCCCAGCAGCAGCAGCAGGCAGCGAUGCAUCAAGGCAUGAUGGGAAACCAGCAGGCUCAGCAGGGCAUGAUGGGAGACCAGGGCGUGGCCCAGCCGCAGCAGAGCCUCGUGGCAGGGCAGCCGAUGGCCCAGGCCCAGGGCAUGAUGGGAAGCCAGCAAGGGAUGAUGGGAAACCAGCAGAUGUUGCAGCAGCAGCAGCGCCAGCAGGCCCUGAUGGGGGUCCACCAGGGUGCAGCAGGGGCCCAGCAGCAGGCCCUCAGGGGCCCGCAAGCCCAGCUGACGCCCCAGCAGCAGAGCGUCCUGGCCCAGCGCAUGCUGCUCUCCCAGCAGCAGCUUCAGCAGCCGCCCGGCUUCCUGCCCGGCCCGCAGCCAGGGGACCCUCCGAUGGCCCCCGAGACCCCUGCCCGGGACGGGGCGCAGAUGCCGGGGGUCCCCGAGGGCUUGCAGCAGCAGACGGGGGUGUCCGGCUUCCCGCAGGACGUCCCGAACCCGGGACUCAAAGAGGGCAGGGUGCUCAGCCCGACGACCCCGCCUCAGCAGCCGGGCCCCGUCGGCGACCAGCAGGGGGCGCAGACUUUCAUGAAUCAGCAGCAGCAGCAGCAGCUAUCGGAGCUUCAGCCGCAGCACGGUUACCUGGGCAACCAGACGCUGCCCUUGCAGAACUCCAUGGGCGGGGAGAAGGUCAUGGUCAAGCAGGAAGGACAGCAGAUGUGCUAUGUAGCACAGCAGCAGCAACGACAACAACAACAACAGCAGCAACAGGGAGCGAUGGCGGGCCAACAGCAAGACAGCAUGGCGCAGCUGCAAAGCAUGAUGGGACAGGCCGGCCCCGCUCCAGCUCAGCUGAGCGCGAUGGUCCACCCGAACCAGCAGCAGCAACAGCAGGCCCUCUUGGCUCAGCAGCAGAAGCAAGGCAUGCUGGGACAGAUGGGCGGAGUCAUGAGGGCACAGCAGCAGGGCAUGAUGGGCCAGAGGCCUGGCACUCCUGUGGGGCCCUUCCGGGGCCAGGUCAACCUGCAGGCCAUCAUCGCCCAGAACCCCCAGCUCCGGCACCUUCCGCCCAACCAGCAGAUCCAGCACAUCCAGGCCAUGCUGGCCCAGAGGCAGCUGCAGCAGGGGCAGAUGCUCCGGAUGUCCACGGGACAGGGGCUGGUCCGGCCCCAGGGGCCCCGGAUGCAGGGCCCCGAGGGGCAGCAGCUCCACCAUGGGGCCCCGGGCCCCCCGCAGCAGCAGGGCAUGAUGGGGCAGCCCUCAGGCAUGGGUCCUCAGUCGCAGCAGGGCAUGAUGGUCCAGGCGCCAGGUCAGCCGCGUCAGGUGGGCCAGCAGGGGGUGUUCCCCCAGUAUGACCUCGCAGUCGCCCAGCAACAGCAGAUGGCCCGGGCCCAGCCGGGUUUGGCACCAGGACAGGUGCGUGUUACGCCCCAGGGGCGCAUGAUCAGGCCCAUGUCCCCCCGUCAGGCGUUUGGACAGACCUCCCCCGGCGACCCCGCCUUUGUCCAGCAGCCUUUGCAGCAGCGGCACGGCCUGGCGCACCCCGGCGGCGCCCACCAGCCCUCUCCAACGCAGCCGCAGCCGCACACGCCCGCGGGCUCCAGCCCGUUCCAGGCCUCCCACACCCCCGUGGGGUCCCCCGCCGGACUGGCCCGGCCGGGCUCCUCCGACUCCUCCGGGCUCUUCCCUCCCGCCAUCCAGAAGAGGGAGCAGGGCGCCAGCCCCUGCUCGAGGGCCGGCCCGGGGACGCCCGCUCUGUCCACUGCGUCCCCCUCCAAAAGCGUGAGCGGGAGCCCGGGGGGCCUCAAGGCCGAACUCCAGGCCCUCGGCCAGGCCAACGGGGCGCCGGCGCAGCAGCAGCAGGAGGAGGGGCCGUGCAGGAUCACCCUGCAGAACAUCAAGCAGGAGCCGCGGGAGGAGCAGUGCGGCGCCGGGGGCGGGGACGAGGCGCGGCAGGGCGCCGUCAAGCGCGAGGGCGAGGGAGCGCCCCACGGGCCCCGUCCCGAGACGGGCCAGCAGCUGCUGCAGAAGCUCCUCCGCACCAAAAACCUGCAGCUGGCCGCCCAGAGGCCCUCGGACGGCGUCCACAGCGAGAUCAACGGCCACAUCAACAGCAAGCUGGCCCUGCUGGAGCAGAAGCUGCAGGGCACCCCGCGCAACAUGGAGGACCUGCAGUCCAUCACCAAGAAGCCUCCGGUGGUGAAGGCCAAGCGCGCCCCCAAAGUGGGGGGCGGGGUGUCCAACUCCCGAAAGAAGGGCAAGAAGGAGGAGCCGGGGAAGAGCACGGAGGCCCUGAUGAAGCAGCUGAAACAGGAGCUGGCGCUCCUCCCCCUCAUGGAGCCCUCCAUCACGGCCAGCCUGGACCUCUUCACCCCGUUCGGCAGCAGCCCCGCCGACAGCGAGGCCCAGCUCAAGGGCUCCUUCGGGAACGCCGUGCUCGACAACAUCCCCGACUACUACUCCCAGCUGCUCACCAAGAGCAACCUGAGCAACCCGCCGACCCCGCCCUCCUCUCUGCCGCCCACCCCGCCCCCCUCGGUGCAGCACAAGCUUCUGAACGGGCUGACGGCCGUGGAGGAGCUUCCGGAAGGGCAGAAGGAGAGAGAGAGGGAGUCUGCCGAGGAGCCCAUGGAAACCUCGGCUGAAGAGGUGAAGAGCGUGGACCUGCUGGCAGCCCUCCCCACCCCGCCACACAACCAGAACGAGGACAUCAGGAUGGAGAGCGACGAGGACAGCGACGCCCCGGACAGCAUCGUCCCCGCCUCCUCCCCCGAGAGCGUUCUGGGGGACGAGGCGCCCCGAUUCCCGCUCCUGGGGGUGGUGAAGCAGGAGCAGGACGAGAGAGCCAUCUCCCCCGUCAUUCCCAUCAUCCCCUGCUCCUCCAUCCCCGCUUUUCCAGAGAGCAAGCCGUUUGAAGGACUGAGUUCAUUCCCAGAGCAUUCUGGGAAGAUGGCGUCCAGGUCCAGCCCCUGGGACAAAGCCAAGAGCAGCGAGGUGUCCGUCACCUUCACCUUAUCGGCCGCUGCAGCCAAGAAUCUGAACACCGUAAUGGUGGCGGUGGCCCAGCUGCUGCAGGUUCGAAUGCCCGGGUCCUACGAGGUGACGUUCCCUCCGAGCCCUGGGAGAGGAGGCGGAGCGGAGCCCGGAAAAGCCCCUGACACAGCGGCCCCAGGCACCCUGUGUUUGAAGGCGAGCCCAGCAGAGGGCUCGGACCAGGACUCUGCUGAUUGGCUGAAGAAGUUUGACGUGUCCCUUCCGGGCUGCACCCUGAAGAAGCAGGUGGACAUCCUGUCUCUUAUCAAGCAGGAGUGUCCAGAGCCGGAGGACAGGGCGGUCCAGCACUGUUACAUCACCAACGUGUCGGACCUGGACGUGCGGCAGCUUCCCAUCUACCCCGUGGAGGCGUCGCCUCCCCAAUCUCCCUCCCCGCCCCCUCCGCCCCCACCCCCUCCGCCGCCUCCUCAGCCCGCUCUGCCUCCAGCUCAGCCCCAAACUCAGGCCGCCUCCCCCACCCCCGCCCCCUCCAGCCCUGCGACCGUCCAAAUCAAAACCGAACCGGAGCCAGAAUUUGGACUCCCCGCUCCCCCUCCCUCUCUGCCCGCCCCUUCCUCCCCUCCUCCCCCCGCCGCGGACUCUGCCCCCCCGGCCCCAGCCCCCCCGGCCCCGCCCCCGGAGGCCCCACCCAAGCCCUGCAAGCAGCGCAGCCGGCCCGCGUCGGAGGACGAGGAGGAGGCGCGGCCCAGGCCCAAGCGCUGGAAGGGGCUGCGCUGGAAGCGGCUGCAGCUGGUGCUGAGCCUGCGGCGGGGCGGCUCGCGGCGGGAGAGCGGGCGCGAGGUGUCCGAGCUGAUGGAGCGCCUGCGCAUCACGCUGCGGCCCGACCGGCUGCCGCGCGACCGCCGCAAGUGCUGCUUCUGCCACGAGGAGGGCGACGGCGCCACCGACGGCCCCGCCCGCCUGCUCAACAUCGACGUGGACCUGUGGGUGCACCUCAACUGCGCCCUGUGGUCCACCGAGGUGUACGAGACGCAGGGCGGCGCGCUCAUCAACGUGGAGGUGGCGCUGCGGCGGGGCCUGCGCACGCGCUGCGCCUGCUGCCAGCGCACGGGCGCCACCAACAGCUGCAACCGCCUGCGCUGCCCCAACGCGUACCACUUCGCCUGCGCCGUGCGCGCCCGCUGCAUGUUCUUCAAGGACAAGACCAUGCUGUGCACGCAGCACAAGCUCAAGGGCCCCAGCGAGGACGAGCUCAGCAGCUUCGCCGUGUUCCGCCGCGUGUACAUCGAGCGUGACGAGGUCAAGCAGAUCGCCAGCAUCCUGCAGCGCGGCGACCGCGUGCACCUGUUCCGCGUGGGCGGCCUCAUCUUCCACGCCGUGGGCCAGCUGCUGCCCUCGCAGAUGGCCGCCUUCCACUCGGCCACCGCCAUCUUCCCCGUGGGCUACGAGGCCACGCGCAUCUACUGGAGCGCCCGCGUGCCCAACCGCCGCUGCCGCUACCGCUGCCGCGUCAGCGAGGCCGAGGGCCGGCCGCUCUUCGAGGUGCGCGUGCUGGAGCCCGGCCAGGAGGACCUGCAGUACCGGGACGCCACGCCCGACGGGAUCUGGAGCCGGGUGGUGGAGCAGGUGGCCAAGCUGCGCGAGGAGGCGGCCAUGUUGAAGCUGUUCACCGAUCACGUGAAGGGGGAGGAGAUGUACGGGCUCACCCUCCACGCCGUCCUGCGCAUCACGGAGUCGCUGCCCGGGGUGGAAAACUGCCAGAACUACACCUUCCGCUACGGCCGCCACCCCCUGAUGGAGCUCCCGCUCAUGAUCAACCCCACGGGCUGCGCCCGCUCCGAGCCCAAGGUCCUCACACACUGCAAGAGGCCCCACACGUUGAACAGCACCAGCAUGUCCAAGGCCUACCAGAGCACGUUCACGGGCGAGACCAACACCCCGUACAGCAAGCAGUUUGUGCACUCCAAGUCCUCGCAGUACCGGCGGCUGAAGACGGAGUGGAAGAACAACGUGUACCUGGCGCGCUCGCGCAUCCAGGGCCUGGGCCUGUACGCCGCCAAGGACCUGGAGAAGCACACCAUGGUCAUCGAGUACAUCGGCACCAUCAUCCGCAACGAGGUGGCCAACCGGCGCGAGAAGGGCUACGAGGAGCAGAACCGCGGGAUCUACAUGUUCAGGAUCAACAACGAGCAUGUGAUCGACGCCACUCUGACCGGCGGCCCGGCCCGCUACGUCAACCACUCGUGCGCGCCCAACUGUGUGGCGGAGGUGGUGACUUUCGACAAGGAGGACAAGAUCAUCAUCAUCUCCAGCCGCAGGAUCCCCAAAGGAGAGGAGCUGACGUACGACUAUCAGUUUGACUUUGAGGACGAUCAGCACAAGAUCCCCUGCCACUGCGGGGCGUGGAACUGCCGGAAGUGGAUGAACUGAGAGAGGAAGAUGGAUGCCGGACGAGCCCCUUCCCUCUGCUGGGUCCAGAGAAACCAGCGACUCCCACGCUGCAGCCCAGCGAACCCAACGACCCUACGGCCCUACGACCCAACUCCCGUAGGCUGUUUCAGGGCAGGGGGGAGUGGCGGGCUUUCUGUGACUGACGGUCGAAGACGAGACCUCUCUCGCACCCGGAGCCAAAGUUUAUUGGAGGAGGGCGAUCUCAAGGUUCUUACGCAAAUUUUUAUUUUGUUUUAUUUUCUAUUGUGGGACAAUCUCUUGAUUUUGGGACUACUGAGAAAAUAUUUUUUUUUGAAAAAGAGUCCUCUGCCAAAAUUUUAUCCUCUCUUCCUUUGUCCUGCUGACUUAAAACUAAAAACAAAAGGGUGAAUUUUUGUUCAGAAGCUCCUCAAGAUGAUGUGGGAUUGACUGGUAGUCCUGUGGAGCAGGGUACACUCUAGAACACUGAAGAAAAGCCAUUAUGUACCUAAAUUAACUCGCACAUUUUAACAAUGGACCUAUUAUUUACUGCCCCCACUCACGUACGCCCCCCCCCCCCCCCACCCCCCCCUUAAAUGAAACAAUCUCUCCCGUGAAUGGAGGAAUAGAGAUCGACAAUGUGGAUUUUGGCAAGACAAUCCUUAAGUGGCACCUCAUGGAAGCGCAUGGGGGGUGGCGGAAGACCCGAGACACUGUAAGAUUGUCCCAAGUGAAGCUGACCUUGACCCCGGGACCCCUCAGUAAGGGCGACAGGGGGUGUCAGUUGAAAUGUUGUUGAAGGUGGGUUAGUUGGAUUCUGUCUACCUCAUUUGAGUCUGUGGGAUUGUGUAGAACUGCUACUGUGGACGUGGGGGGAAAAUGAUUUAGGGGUGUUUUUGUGGCAAAUGCUUUUUCUCGGACAAGCAGGGAAACUUAGCAGCAGGUUUGCUGUUCUAUCUAGAUUAAAGCUGAUGAUUUAAAAAUAAAAAAACUAUCCCAAUAUAUAUUAAUGCUAUUAUGUAUACAGAUUAAAUGACUAGUUUGGACAUGAUUAUGCAUUUUUAAGAGUCUGUCAGAAAUCUAUACAUGCCACCAGUUCUGUUCAACUGAGAAUUGUGGGAAAUGGUUUCAUAUGAGAAAAUCCUUGUUUUUUUUUUUGUUUAAUUUCCUCCUGUCUGUAUAUAUGACAUUAGAUGUUAAUAUUUUACACGUUGAACGCACAACAGAAUCGAGACUCUCUAACUAGCUCUGGGGCUAUGGAGGUGGGGUUUGGCGUAGAAAGAAGUAACUGUUUCCACAACUUGAAAAAAAAAAGCCAAGGAUGAUCAUGGGUGAAAAUGUAGACUUUCAAAUUUUUGAUUUAUUGAAUAUUUUUUGGGUUUAUCCACACAGCAAAAAUUCUAUUGGCCCUCAGCUGGGGAAGCGCUGAGGGUGCGAUCAGUUCCUCAGUUUAUGCAUUGAGGUCGCCGUGAAUGAUCCCAGGAUGCAAGACUACUGUGGCGUUUCGGUGCAUUCCCCCAUUUUGUAAACCCCCCAGCGCCCCCUCGUUUGCAUCGACUCUCCCCUUUCUGUUCUGGCGACUCCAGAAGCGUGCUCCCCUGGUGUUCCUUUCAGCAUCAUGUAAAAAGUAAAAAAAAACAAACGUGUUCUGCGUGCGGACUGCAGAGUCGUCGCAAACCUUACUGUAGUGUCUUUCUCUGCCGGACUGCUGCCAACAUGUGUUCUCUUUUCCCCCUGUAUUGAGGUUGGAGGUGCUAUCUUUUAGAGGCUUGAUGCAAUGGCAGAGAAAGAUUUUUUGUAAUUAAUUUAAAAAAAGGGCAUUUGUUUACUUUUAAAUUUAUUGGGGAAAGAGUUGCUGAAAAAGGGAGCUGUAGUCUCCGAAAUUCCAAUACUACUUCCUUCCCUCGUACCUUGACCUACAAGUAUGACCUCACUUGUUUUGAAGAAAAAGUAAAAGAGAGAUGCAAAAGUGUACAAACUGUAUAUAACCAACAGGGGGUGUGAAACACUUGUUCCAAACCCCUUUUUAAUCAAUUAUAGUGAAAUAAUGAAAUAAAGAUAAACAACCACUAGAUAUCAUUUUAUUAGACGAAAAUAAAUUAUAUAUAAAUAUAUAUUAAAAACCACAAACUUAAGUGAUGUAUAUGAACCAGAGUUUUUUUUCUUUUCUAUUAGCAGAUUUUGCAAUAAGCUUGUAAAGAUAGCGCAACGCUUGGUAAGACCGCUACAAUAUUCGGACAUGCCGAUGAUUGGGACGAGGUGCUUGGGUAAUGAGACUGGACCUCUUGUGAGAGGGGUUUCCCAAGAAGUCUUCUUGAUUAUUAAAAUAAAAAAUAAAAAAAAAAGGAAAAAAAAAAGUUUUUAAAAAAUACAUUAAUUAUAAAUCCUGUUUUUGCAAAAAAAGAACUGUCGCGUGAUGGUGUGGGAUGUUAGUGUACUUAGCUACAUAAAAUUAUUCACGCGUUAAUAUUUAUGCUACUGCUCCUUGAUGACCAUGUCUGUCCUUUGAUUGGUCACAGUUGGAUUAGUACACUCAAUGGAAAAAUCUUGAAGCUCUUUAUCCCCCCUCCCCCUUGAAUUUUUAAUCUUUUUAGAAUUGUUUUAUGAUCUUUGUUUCUUACCUACGGAAGUGUGUUUGUGUUGGAAUAGUCUGUGUGUGAAAUGACUUAGGACAGUCCAUUCUGUGUUAUGAUUUGAUUUCCAGCAACACCCAUUGCUUAUGAGAAAGAAUAGUCCUCUUAAUGUUUGUGGAGUACUAACCAAAAAAGGGUAGACUAUCACAAGAUAUUGGAAGUGGUUUAGUUUUCCUUUCUUGUUAAGGUUUAAGACUAUAACAAAACAUAGUGAAGCUCACUGGAUUUUUGCCUGAAUAAACAGUUUUUUCUUUAGUUUGAAUCUCCUAAUUUAAGUUCUCAGCAUAUCUUUUAAUUUAAAAGAAAAAGGAUUGCUAAAGUUUUUUUAAAGCAUUAUAUCUACUUUUUAAAAAGGAGUUGCAUUCUGUACAGCAGAGCUACUUUUAGGGAAGAUGAAUAAAUGAAACUCAUUUUUAUUGUAUGUGGCAUGUUUUGUAUGAAUAUAAUUUUGAAUUGUAUAUAUUUUUUUUGACAAUGCCAGAGGUUGUAUCUUUCUCUUUCGAUACCCCCCUUUCCUGCCCUUCCCUUCUCCUUUUAUGUCUGCUUUAUUUCUUGUAAAGAAAAAUUAAAAUGCAUUUUAAAUAUACACACAA